AAUAGCACGGUCACGUGAGACUGGAUUCUUGUUUGUUUCAUUUGCAUGUCGAUCCCUUGUACAGGUAGGUGCACGUUCCCAAUCCACCUCUGUUGCUUCCACUUGUUAUAUCUCGGUAACCUUUCAUGGAUUGCUCUCGCUACGGUCUACUCAAGCUUUCCUGAAUCUCAGGCAGGAUCCCGCUGGUUUAUCGAUCUUAAAUGAGUCAUAAUGGAAACCAAAAUAUUUACUCGGAUGCCAUAUUGCUUGUUAUGUGGGGAGAAGUUCAACUCGAGCAUUUGUUUCCGGUCAAUCAUCCCUGCAGACCCAGUUGGCGAUUUUAUUUUGACAGAACCAAUGGACUUCCGAGGUGGAAAAAGUACAAUUAUUCUAGCAGCACUCGACAUCGAGAUACAAAAUCCGAAGAAAUGCUGGAGGAUUUUUAGACCAGCCCCCUCUACUCACAGCAUCUGCUGGACUGCAGUAGACCAUCGACCAUGUCUCCGCUUUCUAUACAAUCUUGGGCUGUCCAUGAACCCACUUGUAUGGCAGAAGCUUCCUCAGAGCAUCCACUCACAUUGUCGAGCUGUGACGAGUGCAAUUCAUCUCUUAUUAUUCUCAGCUCCGCCGGCAGGAGAUAAGAACAAGGAUGCUUCUCUUGGGCUUGUUUCGAAUCGACUCGAAUGUAACAGGACCACCCUAUAUAUACUAAUGAAGCAUAUUGGCAAUCUUCCACUAGAGCUUGUAAGUAUUAUUUGGAAGCUCACGCCGCCUUCAGCCACCCGCUCUUUACUCGCACUCUUGGCGGCCAAGACAAUGUGGCCAGCAAGUUAUGCGAGUUCGGCUUCGGCAUUGGUACAUAUUCGAGGAGACAUCCUUGUCUACCUGGCGCCUAUUCUGGAUGGAGUAUAUAUCACUGGCAUUUGUAUAGAUGGCAAGCUCUACGGAUAUCAGAGUUCACGGUCUCGCAGACUCUCGAUUACUUCAGCUACAACUGGCUUUACAUUCACUCUUGGGCGCUAUGGGCUGCGGAGCAUAGAAGACCUGCUGAGUUCCGAAAAGCCCCUGAAAAGUUUGGCGCGUGAAAAUCCGGAAUACACGGGGGUUGUUUAUGGUAAAUCACCCCCUGUAGUAGAAUUAACUUGGGAUGUAUGGAACCACUCCUCAGACAAGUUUGUGUAGGGCUGAUACCUAUAGGUCCUUAAAAUCGUUUCUAUCAAACGGAUUUUUGAACCCGGCGAAGAACAAGUGUUUGGACAUGAUUUUCUUUGGAUUAG